AUGAUAUACAAAAACAGUGUAUUGGGAUAACAUUAUCAAUACUAAUUUUUUUGAAAUGCGAUAAUAACAGUAUCAUGACCAGUUGCAGCUUAUCGUGAAUCCGUGGAUCGUAAUUUCAAAUUUGUAAUCAAAAAUCCAAAUAUUGAAACAGAAGUUAAAAUUUUGAAAUUAUAUUAAAUUGUAAUGAAUCAUUAAUUAUCGAGUUCAUUUAAUUUUUGUUGCAUGUGUUCAAUGUUUCAGUACUAUGAAGAAAUAUGUAAACUAUUAUAAUGGAAAUAUCAAAUUUUAGAAAAAUAAAUAAAGAUCGUUUAUCUGCAUUUUUGGAACAUUUGGAAAAUAAAAAAGUUUCUGAUGAUUCUGGCGAGAUAUUUGAAAAGUGUUUAAUGAUUUUGAAAACAUUAUUAUACACUUCAUCAAACUUUAUACCUAAAAAUACACUCGGCACACAGUUUAACAUUCAAAGUUUUCUGUAUGCGAUUAAUUUUGAUGUAAUAGAACCUGAUCAUAUGAUCAAAUUAAAAUCAAUACUUGAUCAAGUGGCAGACUUUGAUAUCUAUGCUAGAUACAUAGAAUCUAUCUUAAAUAAAAACAACAAGUCAUUGAAUUCAGUUUUAAUGGCUGUUUGGACUCAAUUGGGAUCAAAUGUAUUGAAAUUGCCUAUAAUUGUUCAAGAAAAAAUCAUUAAGGUAAAUCCUUUAAUUUUUGAAAAAACAAUAUUGUCUGCAAUAUCGCUGUGGGAAAUAAACGAUUUAAUUGAUGUAUGCUCAAAAUCACCAUUGGUAUUCCAAUCAUGCUCAAGUAUUUUUAAUGAAUUGCUCAUCAAGUUAAACUUUAGCAAUACAUUUAUGGAGUUUUUGAACUACUUUGUGAAUGGUGUCAGUUCACGGUGCAUAAACAACGAUAUUGAUAUUGUUAAUAUUUAUCCUAGCAAAUGUAGAAGUAUAUUAAUCUUAAGAGACAUUAAGAACAAAAAUUCAACUUUAGUAACAGAACAUGAUUUAAAUGAUGAAGUAAAAAAAUUAGCUUUAGCUUACCCUAAAGAAUCUAUUUGUUUGUUAAGUCAUUUUCCAGAUUUAUUCAUGUCAUACUGAAGUAUCUUACCAUUUUCUGUUAUAGGCUGUGAAAAUUUUUUCAUUUAUCCAAAUUAAAUUGCCUGUUAAAAACUGAGCUUAAUAAUUUUUACUUUUUAGUACCUAUACAAU